GUCCCGCUCCACGCGCGCAGCCGCUCCACGCACGCAGCCGCUGCGCACCGCCACGGCUCCCGCAGCAGGCAGGGCAGCCAGGCCGGGGCGGGAGGGGGGCAGACGGACCGACAGACCGCAGUCAGAUGGGAUUAAACGCCGGGAAAGAGCGCAGCCGGGAGUAGUAGUUGUAGCGGGAGCUGGAGCCGCGCCGCGUGUGCUCUCCGCGCGCACGAGCAGCCUGGAAAACUUGUGCGGAUCCGACACAACAACAGUCCCCGACGGGAAGGGGGAGACCCGCAGCCGCGCGCACAGCGAGCCCGAGCGGCGGACCUCUCUCCUCUGUGCGGGGGGAGCGGGAGGGGGGAGGAUGUGUGACCCGCGGCGCUGAACUUCCACAACAAGGCACGAGAACAACUUCUUUAUUUUAUCAUUAUUAUUACUAGAAAUAUUUUCCCCCCCUCUCCCUGUGCCAUGGAGAGCCAGGCGGAGAGCUGCGAGGACGUGCGGAAGAGCGGCUACCUCCGCAAGCAGAAGUCCAUGCACCGCCGCUACUUCGUGCUGCGCGCGGCGUCCGAGCGCGGCCCGGCCCGCCUGGAGUACUACGAGAGCGAGAAGAAAUUCCGCGGCAAGGCCCCCGUGCCCAAGAGAGCCGUGGCGCUCGAGACGUGCUUCAACAUCAACAAGCGGGCCGACGCCAAGAACAAGCACAUGAUCGUGCUGUACACGCGCGCCGAGAGCUUCGCCGUGGCCGCGGAGAGCGAGGCGGACCAGGACGACUGGUACCAGGCCAUGGUGGACCUGCAGUGCAAAAGUAAAAAUCCCACUGACAGUGAUGCUGCGGGCGACUAUGGAGUUCCGAAUCCUGGACCAGCGUUUAAAGAAGUGUGGCAGGUGAAGGUGUGGCCUAAAGGCUUGGGUCAGGCCAAAAACUUGGUCGGCAUCUACCGCCUUUGCCUGACUGACAAGACGGUCAACUUUGUGAAGCUCAACUCGGACGCCGCCGCGGUGGUGUUGCAGCUGAUGAACGUCCGACGCUGUGGCCAUUCGGAGAACUUUUUUUUCGUUGAGGUGGGACGUUCUGCCGUCACGGGCCCGGGAGAGUUCUGGAUGCAGGUGGAUGAUUCGGUGGUGGCCCAGAACAUGCAUGAAACUUUGCUCGAGGCCAUGAAGGCACUGAGUGAGGAGUUUCGCCAGCGAAGCAAGUCUCAGUCGAACUCUGGCCCAGGAGGAGGUGCAACCGCCUCUAACCCUAUCAGCGUUCCCUCCCGCCGCCAUCAUCCAAACCCUCCUCCCAGUCAGGUUGGCUUCACUCGUCGGCCACGAACCGAGCCUCCUGCGGGAGCCAACGGUGGCGCGCCGGGCAACAGUGCCAAUGCUUCUCCCACCCCAAGGCAUAGCUUCCCAAGGUCUCGCACUGCGAGUGAUGGAGGGAAAGGUGAAGAUGGGAUGAUCGGGGUUACACCGCCUCACGGUGUGAACUGCAGUCCGUCCACCAAUGGCUCCUGUUCAACCCCACCGAUCCUCAGAUCCAAGUCGGCUCGUUCGGCGCCCACCACGGCUGCUAAGACUCCUCUUGGGUUGAUGCGCUCCAUCUCUACCCCGGCUCCCUCCCCAGCCCCGAGUCUGUCUUCCAGCUCCGGGCACGGCUCCGACUUCGGAGGCAUAACGUCCUCGACUAGCAUCGGUCCAGGAUCUGGCGCUUACAGCCGUGUUCCCUCCCAUCGUACAUCUGUGUCAGGUUCGCCUAGUGACUACGGCUCCUCAGAUGAGUAUGGGUCCAGUCCUGGGGAUCACAAUCUGCUCCCAUCCCCAAGCCUCCCUGGAAGUUCUGUUGGUAGCACGGGCAGCCAGUCCCUCGGUGAAGAUGGAGCCAACUAUAUCUUAAUGGGCCAACGGGGUGGAGGUGGUAGUGGUUGCAGUAGUAACCAAGGGAGCAUGACGCCCAUCACCCUUCCAGCACCAGGAACACCAGUGAGUGGUUCACAGCCGCAGAGCCGGAGAGUGCUGCGACGGUCCUCCAGCCGUGAGUGUGAGGCGGAGCGUAGGCUGCUGAGCAAGCGGGCCUCGUUGCCUCCUAUGGCCCUGGAGAGGCUGGCUCCACGUCAGCGCAGAGCCGAGGAGCCAGCAGAAGAAGAUUCUGCCGAUUACGCUAUCAUGUCGAGGAGCACCAGCCGAGAGUCCUUUGCUUCCACCUGCUCUUCUACCCAAAGGGAAUCUGGUUCAGUAGGCGGAGGAGGAGGGUACUUGGAUGUGGCAGGGGAGUUUAAACCUGAAGGGGGUGGUAGAGGAAACGGUAGCGUAGACUUAGGAGUGGAUAAUGGCUACAUGUCCAUGCUGCCUGGAGUAACUCAGGCCCCGGCGUCCCAGCCCCAGUCACUGGCCGUUUCUGUCCCCGACUCCGAUGCCAAACCUGCCGACGAUUACAUGGCUAUGACUCCGAACAACAGCGUCUCUCCUCCACAGCAAAUUCGAUCUCCGCCAACGUCGGAUGGCUACAUGAUAAUGUCCCCCAAUAGCAGCUGCUCCCCUGACCAGCGCGGAGGUCUGUCUGGAGGAGCUUGGAUGGGCAGCGGCAGUGCCGACAGCAGGGCAGGCAGUGAUUAUAUGAACAUGUCUCCAAUUAGUGCCCGUUCGGUGAAUGGCAGUCCGCCACCUCCCGACCACGCCUGUCAUUUGGAGUCCAGCUCACAGCAGCAGGCCCCCAAGAUGGUGUAUUCUUACUAUUCCCUUCCUCGGUCGUAUAAACAUAACCCUUCUGCUGGACAUUUUGAUGAUGGGCCUGGGCGAGGCAGACGGCACAAUGGGAGUUGUAGUCGGGGAUUGGGGAGCGGUAGAGCUACUGCAGGGCGUCAGGAGCAACUGUCAGCAGGGAACUCUGUAGCGGGACAUCACCUGUCGCUGUCUUCGUCUUCAUACUCCUCCAGCUCGGCCAGUAGCGAGAGUCUUGGGGAGAGCGAAGACCGGACGACUCAGGCAGUCAGUAACGUGGUUGGGGCGACUCAGUCCAAAGACGGGACUAAGAUCCAGCAGAGACGGGGUUCCGGUGGGAUGUCCAAACCGAGCACUCAUACCAGAAGCAGACCGGUGAGCCUGUUCGUUGACGUAUCCAAGGCGAACACUCUUCCGCGGGUCCGUGAGAACCCUCUACCCCCAGAACCAAAAAGCCCUGGGGAGUAUGUGAGCAUUGAAUUCAAGGGAGAUAAGUGUAACCAGACCGGGGCUGCAGGAGGCCGUGGUCGAGGUCUUCGGCAUGGCUUAUCACUGCCUCAUGGCUCAACUAGCCAACAUCCGCAAAACAGGCCGACUUCAUGUUUAGGAAACUUCAUCCCGCUCUCCCGUAGCCCCUCUGCCCCCAUCACCCCUCCAGUCGCCUCGGAGUAUGUCAACAUGGACUUGGGCCCUUCUCCUUCGCCCUCACCCCUUACUCCACUAGUUUUCCCCUCCUUCCACACCCCUCCCACCCCUCCAGCUCUUGCCCAUGCCCCUAAAGCCUGCAACGAGGGCUCUGCUGGUCCUCGUGAAGAGGGAAUUGAAGUGGCUGAGGCUCCAAUUAGGAAAAGCAGGGAAAGCGUUCCUUCGUUGACGGAGUCUGAAUCCCCUACGUCCUGUGGGGAUUACACAGAGAUGGCCUUCAGCUUGAAUAGUAACGCUGCUCCCCGGUCGCCGUCGUCCAGCAUCCCCCCCAAAGUUUCGUCUCCGACCAGGACUGAUCCACCCGUCCCAGUGCUGUCACGUGGUCUAGACUUCCCCCUCGCCAAAUCAGGACCCAACCCGGACCAGGGGGCAAAAGUUAUCCGGGCCGAUCCCCAAGGUCGCAGGCGCCAUUGCUCAGAAACCUUCCUCGCCUCGCCCUCCCUCCCCACCUCUACCUCUACUUCUUCCUCAACCGCCUCCCUUUUUCCAGAACAUAGUCAACCUGCGGCCCGCCGGCUGGGCUUCGACAGCAUGCUCUGGGGGAACGGCGCCGUUAUGGAUCCCUCUGUACCGCAGUUACUCCCCACGAACGUCCAGACUUCGUCCACUGAGCAGGGCCUUAACUACAUAGACUUGGACUUGGUCAACAAAGAGAGUCCGCACUUAAACCUGGAUGGAGGACCCUCAGGAAGCCAGGCCCCCCCUCGCCUCUUCUCCUCGCUGGGUGCGGGUCCCGGGGUCGGGGGAGUGGGCGCAGCAGUCGGCAGCAGCAGCAGCAGCAGCUCCAGCUUAAACACGUACGCCAGCAUCGACUUCUACAAAUCGGAGGAGCUGCGGACGCAUCAAAAUGGAAACAAGGAGGGAACAGAGUGCUGAUGUCGGUGUGUCGUCCUUGGGGAAAGCGGUCUGGCCCCACUCGGAGCACGUCAAAGCUCCGCCUCCUCCUUCAGCGACGGCCAAUCACGUGGAGCGAGCAGCCCGAUCGGACGCGGCCCAGAAGCACUUUGACAGAGACUGAUGGAAAACUUCUUUUCUUCUUCUUCUUCUUCUUCUUCUUCUUCGCUUUCAUCUAGUUGGUUGUGGAAACCAACAGGGAUGUGUGCCAAAUGACAUUCUGACAAAGCUAUUUGCUGUUCUCAUUCCUUGAGUGAAAGCCAAUCAGAGACUUUAACAAUACUGAGAACAGUGUUUUUUUUGGUUCGUUUUGUUUUUUUUUUUUCCCCUCAUCGAUAAACUCUUAAGCUUAUUGAGUAAAUCAGUGGCUGCCGCGCGUGUUGAAAAAGAAAAUAUAUAAAUGUAUGUAUUUGCUCAGAAAGUGCCUCGUUUUCAGAUUGUAGCCAUGUCACAAAGCUUCAGCCGAAGCUUCGGGUUUUAUUUUUCUGCGCUCGAUUUGAUGUUAGCCACUCGGAACGUGAGCGACGUGGGAGGAAGCACCGGUGUGAGCUCGUGCUGCGUUCACGUCAUAACGGAUGGGACUCUGCGUUUUCACGAAGUCGAUUGAUUAGAGGCACUUAAUCGAGGUGUGUGUUUGUGGAGAGGCGGCGUCGUUUCUGUCUCACACACAUCCCUCUUCACGCAGCGGGGAAAUGGGAGCGUUUCGCCCGGGGAAAGUCCCCCCUCUGAUUUAGGAGUGUUCACAUGCGAACAGGCAACAUGCUGCACCCCCUCCCAAAAAAAGGGAGAAAAAAAUUCCUUCUUAUUACCUAACACAAUUCAAGUGAAGUUCAUGAGAAGCACAUUGUUUAUGCACUUUGUCUCUCCGCAUUUUGAUCUGCUCGUGUUUUUCGGAGCCGCAGUAAACUAGGUCGUCUGGGCCUCUGAAGUCGAUCCCGGGGUGGGAAGGGUGCGCUGUUCCCUCCUGCUGUUGUCAGUUUUUCUGGCACUUUGCAACCUAUAAAAAAAAACAAAAAAAAAACAAGUGCGUUGUUUGGAAAGCUAACGUCGACGGAUGAGGCCGUUUCGGGGGACG